CUGUGGCGGGGUGUUUAAAGAGCAAUGGCUGAGUAGCUUUAGUCAGCUGUUGUCUGAGCCAUGCAGCGGCUUGUGCCUCAACUAGAAGUAUGUGUGCCACCUGUGAUCCAUCCCCAAGCAUCCCUCUAUGGCAUGCCACAGACCCUGCUCCCUGAGCCCUGGAUGCUUAUAAAUAGCAGCACUGCCAUGGAAGACUUAUUUGGUGUUCCUUCCAGAUCCCGUUUCCUUAGUGCCCCUGGCUUGUUGUCAAAGGAAGAGUGCCAUCUGAACUUGGGUGUGAAUGAAUCGAGGUCUGAGCUUCCUGAAUCUAUCUCCUGUACUGAGAGAAUGUGUGGUGCAAAUACAGUUAGUGUUGGUGUUGAUACAGAACUCGACCUUCUGGAAUUGGACCACUCAGACUUCAGCUUCUCAAGAAGUAUGACCAUAUCUCAUGAUACUGCCAGAUAUGAGACGGAUGAAGCCACUCUGCAGAGACGACAGAAACAAAUAGACUAUGGGAAGAACACAAUUGGAUAUCAGUGUUACCUGCAACAGGUGCCCAAGUCUGAAAGGAAGCCAGGAGUUCACCCCCGUACCCCAAACAAAUAUAAGAAAUACAGUCGCCGCUCCUGGGACAUGCAGAUAAAACUUUGGAGACGUGCUCUGCAUGCUUGGGAUCCCCCUUCACAAAACUCAUUAAAGGAGGAGUGCUCAUUUAAUUCAACACAGAGGCUACUGGACUCUUGGCUACAGGAAAGCGACUCUUUGCAAAACCUAGACAUGGACUGGCUUGGUCUGCAGCUAUCUGCCCUGCAGAACUUGGGCUACUGUGAAGACCAGAUUCAAAAUUCUUUUGAUUGGCUGCCGUUUCGUGAUCACACAAAUAACUACACCUACCCACAUUGGAUAGGCUUGUAGACCCUAUAUUAUGCUACAAUCAGUCACAUCUUUUUUUGAACUUUCAAGGAUUUAUGUGGUCAAUACUUUAAUUACGACAUUUAUUUUUUGCGUGCGUUGAAAGCAAAGGGCUUUAAAAGAGCACCCUGGAAGACGGGUUCUUCUUCUAGUUUGUCUGCAUACCUUUCUCUACUGUACAGUUUGUCUCCUACCAACAAAAAUAAAUGGCUUGGUGCAUCUUUCUUAACUGCUAUUAUAAAUGUGUCUUUAUAAUGCUAUAAAUGACUGACCUCACGCACUGUCUCGGUAUUCUUCUUUAGGGGUGAAAUGAUCUUUGGCACUAAAGGAGGUUAGUUUUUUCCAAAUGCUGACCAUAAUUUUUUUUUUUUUAGCACUAGAACGUGCCUUAUUUGCACUUGCUGUACAACAACUGGCUUUAGUAUUGCUGUCUGGCAGUAAGCAAGUGGUUGUGCCAAUCUUUUGUUUGUUGUACGCUUGUCCUUACGUUAUGUGGUAUAUAGAAAUACCUCAUUCUAAUUGUGUUGAGUGUUUGAAAAGUUCUAUGUUUGGUUGGAAACUUAGUGUUGCACUAUAGAAACUUCUAAACAUCUGGUUCAUAUAGUCACACAGCUCCCACAGUCAAAAUUUUUAAUGUUUAAUGUGUUGGCUAUUUGUAUAUGAUUUUUAAAUAAAUAUUUUUAUUGUAA